UUCAAUCUCAGUUUAUUUAAAAGGAGAGUAGCUUCAAAAAGGUUAUAUCCAUGGUUUACUGAUACCUCCAGCCAUGGGCCUUUGGGGCAUACUUGUUUUUUUAAUCUUCCUGGGUAAAAGUUGGGGACAGGAACAAACGUAUGUCAUUUCAGCGCCAAAAAUAUUCCGUGUGGGAGCAUCUGAAAAUAUUGUAAUUCAAGUUUAUGGAUACACCGAAGCAUUUGAUGCAACAAUCUCUCUUAAAAGUUAUCCUGAUAAAAAAUUUAGUUACUCUUCAGGCUAUGUUACUUUAUCCAUGGAGAACAAAUUCCAAAACUCUGCAGUCUUAACAGUACAACCCAAACAGUUGUCUGGAGGACAGAACCCAGUUUCACAUGUGUAUUUGGAAGUUGUAUCGAAGCAUUUUUCAAGAUCAAAAAAAGUGCCAAUAACCUAUGACAAUGGAUUUCUCUUCAUUCAUACAGACAAGCCUGUUUACACUCCACAACAGUCAGUAAAGGUUAGAGUUUAUUCACUGAAUGAUGACCUGAAACCAGCCAAAAGAGAAACUGUCUUAACUUACAUCGAUCCUGAAGGUUCAGAAGUGGACAUUAUGGAAGAAAAUGAUUAUACCGGAAUCAUCUCUUUUCCUGACUUCAAGAUUCCAUCCAAUCCUAAAUACGGUGUGUGGACAAUCCGAGCUAAAUAUAAAGAGGACUUUUCAACGACUGCAACCGCAUAUUUUGAGAUUAAAGAAUAUGUGUUGCCACAUUUUUCUGUCUCAAUAGAACCAGAAAAUAGUUUCAUUGGCUAUAAGGACUUCAAUGAUUUUGAAAUUACUAUCAAAGCAAGAUAUUUUUAUAAUAAAGUUGUCACUGAAGCUGAAGUUUAUAUCACUUUCGGAAUAAGAGACGACUUAAAAGAUGAUCAAAAAGAAAUGAUGCAAAAAGCCUUGCAAAACACAAUGUUGAUCAAUGGAAUUGCUCAAGUCACAUUUAACUCUGAAAUGGCAACUAAGGAACUGUCCUAUGAAAGUCUGGAAGAUUUAAACGACAAGUACCUUUAUAUUGGUGUCACAGUCAUAGAGUCUACAGGUGGAUUUUCUGAAGAGGCAGAAAUUCCUGGCAUCAAAUAUGUCCUCUCUCCCUACAAACUGAAUUUGGUUGCUACUCCUCUUUUCAUGAAGCCCGGGAUUCCAUAUUCUAUCAAGGUGCAGGUUAAGAAUUCAUUUGACCAAUUGGUAGGAGGGGUCCCGGUGACCCUGAGCGCACAAACGGUCGAUGUAAACCAAGAGAUGUCUAACUUGGAGUCGAAGAAAAGUGUAACACAUUCCAGUGAUGGAGUAGCUUCGUUUAUGGUUAAUCUUCCAUCUGGAGCAAGGAUGUUGGAGUUUAACGUCAAGACUGAUGACCCAGAUCUUCCAGAAGAAAAUCAAGCCGGCAAAGUUUACCAAGCAAUAGCAUAUUCAUCUCUCAGCCAAAGUUACCUUUAUAUUGACUGGACUGGAAACUAUAAACCUUUGCUUGUGGGAGAAUAUCUGAAUGUUAUUGUUACCCCCAGAAGUCCAUAUAUUAACAAAAUAACUCACUAUAAUUACUUGAUUUUAUCUAAGGGCAAAAUUGUCCACUUUGGCACAAGAGAGAAACUUCCAGAUUCAUCCUAUCAAAACAUAAACAUUCCAGUGACACAAAACAUGGUUCCUUCAGCCCGUCUCCUGGUCUAUUACAUCGUCACAGGAGAGCAGACAGCAGAGUUGGUGUCUGAUUCAGUCUGGUUAAAUAUCGAAGAAAAGUGUGGCAAUCAGCUCCAGGUUCAUCUGUCUCCAAGUGCAGAUGCGUCGUAUUCUCCAAGCCAACAUGUAUCUCUUAAUAUGGCAACUGAGUCAAAUUCCUGGGUGGCUUUAUCAGCAGUGGACAGUGCUAUAUAUGGAGUCCAGAGAAGAGCCAAGAAACCUCUGGAAAGAGUAUUUCAAGUCUUAGAGACGAGCGACCUAGGCUGUGGGGCAGGUGGUGGCCGCAACAAUGCAGAUGUAUUCCAUCUGGCUGGACUCCUCUUUCUCACCAACGCAAAUGUAGAUGACACCCGAGAAGAUGAUAAGCCCUGCAAAGAAAUUCUCAGGCCAAAGAGAAUGCUGCAAAAGAAAAUACAGGAGGAAGUUGCUAAAUACAAACACACAGUAUUGAAGAAAUGUUGCUACGACGGAGCCUACCGUAACGAAGAUGAGGACUGUGAGCAGCGUGCUGCCCGCAUUACAAUAGGUCCCAGAUGCGUCAGGAUCUUCAAGGAAUGUUGUCUUAUCGCAAAGAAGCACCGUGAUGAGGAUCCUCUUAAAAACAUCCAGCUGGGAAGGCUGCAUAUAAAGACCCUGUUACCAGUGAGCAAGCCAGAAAUAAGGAGCUAUUUUCCAGAAAGCUGGUUAUGGGAAGUUCAUCAUGUCCCCAGAAGAAGCCAAUUGCAAUUUGUGCUACCUGAUUCUCUAACCACCUGGGAAAUUCAAGGUGUUGGCAUUUCAAAUAGUGGUAUAUGUGUUGCUGAUACUCUCAAGGCACAGGUGUUCAAAGAUGUCUUCCUGGAAAUGAAUAUACCAUAUUCUGUUGUACGAGGGGAGCAGAUCCAGUUGAAAGGAACUGUUUACAACUAUAGAAUGUCUGGUAUGCGGUUCUGUGUUAAAAUGUCUACCGUGGAGGGAAUCUGUACAUCCGGAAGCCAAGCCAUUGGCCACCAGGGCAUAAAUCCCUCCAAAUGUCUGUCCCAGAGAGUAGAAGGUUCCUCCAGUCAUUUGGUGACCUUCAGCGUGCUUCCCCUGGAAAUCGGCCUCCACAACAUCAACUUUUCACUGGAGACUUCACUUGGAAAAGAAAUCUUAGUAAAAACAUUACGAGUGGUGCCAGAAGGUAUCAAAAAGGAAAGUUAUGCUGGUGUUACUCUGGACCCAAGGGGUAUUUAUGGUGUCGUUAGUAGACGAAAAGAGUUCCCAUACAGGAUACCGUUAGAUUUGGUCCCCAAAACAAAAGUCAAAAGGAUCGUGAGCGUAAAAGGACUGCUUAUAGGAGAGGUCAUGUCUACAGUUCUGAGUCAGGAAGGCAUUGACAUUCUUACCCACCUCCCCAAGGGGAAUGCAGAAGCAGAACUGAUGAGCAUUGUCCCAGUAUUCUAUGUUUUUCACUACCUGGAAGCAGGAAAAAAUUGGAACAUUUUUUCUACUAAUUCACUUAUUCAAAAUCAGAACCUGAGGAAAAAAUUAAAAGAAGGGAUGGUGAGCAUCAUGUCCUACAGAAAUGCUGACUCUUCUUACAGCAUGUGGAAGGGUGGCAGUGCUAGCACUUGGUUAACAGCCUUUGCUUUAAGAGUGCUUGGACAAUUAAAUAAGUACAUAGAACAGAACCAAAAUUCAAUUUGUAAUACUUUAUUGUGGCUGGUGGAGAAUUGUCAACUAGAAAAUGGAUCUUUCAAGGAGAAUUCGGACUAUCAACCAAUAAAAUUACAGGGUACCUUGCCUGUCGAAGCCCGGGAGAACACCUUAUAUCUGACAGCCUUUGCUGUGAUUGGAAUCAGAAAGGCUUUUGAUAUAUGCUCCCUGAUGAAAAUCAACACGGCCAUCACUAAAGCUGACACCUUUCUGCUUGAAAAUACCCUCUCAGCCCAGAGCACCUUUACACUGGCCAUUGCUGCUUACGCUCUUUCCCUGGGAGAUAAAACCCACCCGCAGUUUCGUUCAAUUGUCUCAGCCCUGAAGAAGAAAGCUUUGGUUAAAGGCGAUCCAGUCAUUUAUCGCUUUUGGAAAGAUGAUCUUCAACAGGAAAGCACAUCCACACCUAGCCCCAGUACAGCACACGUGGUAGAAACCACUGCCUACGCUUUACUCACCAGUCUGAGCUUGAAAGACAUAAAUUACGUUAACCCAAUCAUCAGAUGGCUAUCUGAAGAGCAGAGGUACGGAGGCGGCUUUUAUUCAACCCAGGAUACAAUUAAUGCCAUCGAGGGCCUGACGGAAUAUUCACUCCUGAUAAAACAACUCCACUUGAACAUGGACAUCAAUGUCUCUUACAAGCAUAAAGGUGACCUCCACCGUUAUAAGAUGACAGAGACGAAUUUCCUUGGGAGGCCAAUAGAGGUGCCCCUCAAUGAUGACCUCGUCGUCAGUACUGGGUAUAGCAAUGGCGUGGCUACGGUGCACGUAACAACUGUGGUUCAGAAAACCAGUACUUCUGAGGAAAUCUGCAGCUUUCAUUUGAAAAUUGAAGCCCAAGACAUAGAAGCUUCCAGCUACAGACGCUACAGCGACUCAGAUUACAAACGCAUAGUAGCAUGUGCCAGCUACAAGCCCAGCAAAGAAGAAUCAUCAUCGGGAUCUUCCCAUGCAGUGAUGGAUAUCUCUUUGCCUACUGGAAUCGGUGCAAACCAGGAAGACUUAAAAGCUCUUGUGGAAAGGGUAGACCAACUAUUAGCUGAUUACCAAAUCAAAGAUGGACAUAUUAUCCUGCAACUGAAUUCGAUUCCUUCUGAUGAGUUCCUUUGUGUUCGGUUCCGGAUAUUUGAGCUGUUUCAAGUUGGGUUUCUGAAUCCUGCUACUUUCACGGUGUAUGAAUACCACAGACCAGAUAAGCAGUGCACCAUGUUCUAUAACCCAUUCGAUGCCAGACUGCAGAAAGUCUGUGAAGGAGUAACAUGCAAAUGCAUAGAAGCUGACUGCGGACAGAUGCAGACAGAAUUGGAUCUGACAAUCUCUGCAGAUACUAGAAAAGAAACAGCAUGUAAACCAGACAUUGCCUAUGCUUAUAAAGUUCGUAUCACAUCCAUCACCAAAGAAAAUGUCUUUGUGAAGUAUACGGCAACCCUCCUGGACAUCUACAAAGCUGGAGAAGCUGUUGCCCAGAAAGACUCUGACGUCACCUUCAUUAAAAAGGUAACAUGUGCUAACGCUGAUCUGGAAAAAGGAAGACAAUAUUUGAUUAUGGGUAAAGAAGCCCUCCAGAUAAAAUACAAUUUCAGUUUCAAGUACCUCUACCCUUUGGAUUCGUCCACCUGGAUUGAAUAUUGGCCUACAAACGCAAUGUGCCCAUCAUGCCAGGCGUUCUUGGCUAAUUUAGAUGAGUUUGCUGAAGACAUUUUUCUAAAUGGCUGCGAAAACCCCUGAGGAAGUUCAACCAUGUAGGGUUUUCGCUGUGGACUCCUGUUGUGGAAGUGUCUUCCUUUUCUUUUGUUUCUUCUUCUUCUUCUUCUUCUUCUUCUUCUUCUUCUUCUUCUUCUUUUUAACAUUCACAGCUGGUCUUAUUUGGAAAGCUCACUUUACUUAGAAUUAGUGGCACUUUGCUUUUAGUAGAGGAUGAUUUUAAGAGCUGUAACUUUCUGAAAUAACACGGCCUUAGGGGGCAUGGAGACAGACACCCGUUCCAAGGUUAUCGGACACCAGAAGCAAUAAAAAUUGGACCGCCUCCUAAAACCUACCGCUCAGGAAUGUCUGCCAGGGACCAAAGAAUAGCCCCCAUUGAAAUGGAGUAUCUUACAAUAACAUGGCCUUUGCUUGAAAGAAAAUACCGAGGGGCAGAGAGCUGGUCAUUAAAACCUGACUUUGCUUUCAAAAUGUGGGAAAAAGCGAAGAGGCCUAUUAUUUUAUGCGAGGCCAGCUGGACCCACACAGAUGGGCAAGUUGAGAGGCAGAGACCUGAGAAGGCCCAGCCUCAGAGUCCUCAGCAAACUGAGAAGGUGGGAGCAUUUGCCCCUGUGGCUCCCCUUCCCCCCGUGGGGGUCCCAUGACUCCCUCCCAGCGCCUGUCCGUUUCCCCCAGGGUCUCCCUCAGCAAUAAUCACCCUGGGAGGCAGCCCGCAGUGCAGCACCUGGUGAGGAGAAGCCAAGUGGUGAUCAGGAGACCUUCCUGCUGGGCCCUAACCAGGUCUUGGAGCCGUGUUUGAGCUUUUCUAAAAGAGGGUCUAUAACAGGAUGUUCAUUUCUUUUUUUUCUUUUUUAAUGUCUAUUUUUUGAGAGAGAAAGAGAGAGACAGAGCACAAGCAGGGGAGGGGUAGAGACGGAGGGAGACACAGAAUCCGAAGCAGGCUCCAGAUUCCGAGCUGUCAGCACAGAGCCCGACAUGGGGCUCGAACCCACGAUCUGAGAGAUCAUGACCUGAGCCAAAGUGGCCCGCUUAACCGACUGAGCCACCCAGGUGCCCCAAGUGACCUUUAGAUCUUAGGAAAGAAUUUUCCCAAUAGAUUCCCAUUUAAUGUCUCAAUAAUCUCACAAGGUACAGGGAUUAUUAUUAUCCCCAAUUUAUGGAGGAGGAAAUGGAAGCUCAGAAAAGUGAAGCAAUUUUCCCAGCCUGGUAAGGGGCAGCAGUGGAGACCAAGCCCCAAGGCUUUCCCUCUGUCCAGACACAUCCCUCUUCCACAUCAUGACCAUCACAUUGCUUGUCAGGUUUAAUUUUCUAAGACCAAGGUAGGAUGCAGUUGGAGUUUCUUAGGUAUAGUUUAACGAACUCCAUUGAAAUCUCACCAGGAAACAGGAAGAUAAACUCUGGCUGUAACAGUAACAGUGACUGUAACGCAUUCCCUUUUUGUAAAAUCUGCAUUUUACCAGUUAGGCAGAACUACACGAGGCUUGCAGUGUGCCUUGUAAGUAAUACUAAGAUUUUCCACUUCCAGGAGCUGAGAAUUUAUUUUCGUUAAUGUCAAGGCUCACAUUGUGGGCACUCCCUUGGCAAAAACAACCAUGCCCCGACUCUCUGCCAGCAAGGGAUGAGGCCCCCCUCCGGAGCUGACCUGAAGCGUCUCCUGUCCCCCUCCUGCCCAAUGCAGGAUGUAUGGAGCCGACCGCUGCAGUGCUGGGAGGCACAGGUCUCUCUCUUCCCCAAGCACUGUGGCAAAUAGGUUGGGCCACAGUGGCCUAAUUAACCCACGAUAUCUCAGAGCUUUCAAACAUCAAAUCAAAACUUUCUGAGUUAGCCCGGCACCCUUUAGAAAUCCACCAGCAUACUUCUUUAGUGAGGCUUUCACAACCCCCCAAACAGGCUGGGGUCCCUGCUCCACCCUGAGCAGCUCUUCCAAGGCACUUGCAACUAUGUCUCCAAGCAGGUAUAUUGUUUAUUCAGCGUGCAGCUUCCUAGCUCCACCGUCAGCUCUGUGUGGGCAAGUCUGGAUCUGUUCUGUUCACCGCUGUCUCUGGUGCCUGGCACAAUGCUGGACGUGUCACAGGGACUCAUUAAGUGUCUGCGGAUUCCCGCUGAGUAUGGGGCAUCAGAAAGCCCAAAUUCUAGUCUUGGCUUUGCCCCUGCAGGGACUUGGGACAAACCUUCUCAUCUCUUUGGUGGUCUGUAAACAAGGGAGUGGAACAUUCAAACGCCUUUCUACAGCUCUAAGAAGGUAUCUCAUAAUCUUAUGUUGGGAAACAGAAAACAAAACCACAUGGCAUGUAAGCAAGGCAUGUAUUUCUUUCUGGAAAUAGGAAGGGAGCUCAGAGAAGUGAGUGAGUGUGUGAGCUAGAGGGCUUUCCGCGCACCUCUUAAAGACCGGGCGGGAUUUGGGUAGGGAGAGGGAGGCAGAAGGAUCUUUCCGGUUGAAGGGAAAAGCAUGAGGCAGGUUUCCCCUUGAGGCAGUAAGAAGAUUUAGAUGCUACAAAUGAACGCUAUUCAUUUUAAUGGCUAGAUGUUUAUUUUUUUUUUUAAGUUUUUACUUUAAUUCCAGUUAGUUAGCAUACAGGGCUAUAUUAGUUUUGGGUAGGUGAUAUAGCGAUUCAGCUAUAUGUUUGUGUUAACAUAUAUUAGAAAAACUACAACUAGCACCUCAAAACCACGAUAUACAAUUUUUUUCAAAAAUAAAUGUAUCUGUCAAAAAAUAAGUCUAUUUAAGGAAAAGUUUUAAGUAAACAAAAGUAUAGGUUGUUCUUGGGAAAAUCAUGAGGUUGGCAUGCACAAGAUUGACGUUUAGGAAGCUCUGUCUUAAGAAAAUAUGUGGAAUUGACAGUGUGCCAAGCUUGAGACAGGCAGCCUCACUCCAUUUUCCUCAGUGAGGAAUCCUGAGCCAAAGUCAUGUCCAGUCUUACCUCCCAGCCCCGAUGAUGCUAAUUUAUUCAGCAACAUCCAACAAACAUGCCCUGAUUGGUAACUGUAGUCUAAGCCCAACUCUAGGCGCUUGGUACCCAGAUCCCCACCCUGAUGGAACUUCGAUCCCGGACGGAGAGACACAUCAUGAACAGUAAAGACAAUACCUGGGCACCUGGCCCUGACUGUCUGAAGGGGAUAAGAACUAUGAGGAAAAGAAAAGGAGAACAGAGUAAGGGAGCCGAGGAGUAGCUGAGGAGGGGUUUCCGUUAUCAAUAGAGUGGUCUGGUCAGAGUGGGCUUCAAAGUGAGAUGUGAGCAGAGGCUUGGAGGUGACGAGAGAGGGAGCCAGGUGGCCACCUAGGGGAAGAGUGUCCCGGGCAGAGGGAGCACUGAGUACCCAGGCCCAAAGCAGGAGCAGGCCUGGUGUCUUACAGGAAGAGCAAAGAGGCUGGUGUAAUAGAAGGAGAGUGAGGCAUAGGGGAGGUGGGUGGAGAUGAGGCCAGAGACUGCAUAGAGACCAGAUCAGGCCUGUCACGGACAGGGUAUUUGCUUUCCACUUUACUCAGAGGGAAAGGGGAGCCAUUGCGAGGUUUUGAGCAGAGGAGUGCAGCAGGAGGCCACUGUUGUAAAACAGACAAGAGAUGUUGCGUCAACCAAUCGAACGAGGCAGAGGUCAUUGACUCUGCAAUGAAAGAGAACACACAGCACGGGAACCAUAGAGCUUCUCAGAAAAGGAUGUUAGAUAGGACUUACUACAGGAUUUGGGCUUGUGGUGAAUUAUUUUAGGGAGGGUUUAAGGAAGGAAGGCUUUGCUCCGGAUUGGAUGCUGUCAGGAAGCAGGAGUAAUCUGCUUUACUUCCAUAAGCCUCUGUCUUCUCAUCUGAAAAAUGGGAGCACUCAGAUUUCUUAUCUAAGUGGAAGGAAAAGAAGUAGCAGUCACUCACAUUAGCCAGGAAAGGGGGAGGUGUUUGCUUAUUUUUGGGAUUUGGAUACUGUUCCUAUUUUCUGCUCAAACAUGAUUAUGGCAAAGUUUAGGCUUUUUUUUUUUUCUUUUUUCCCAUGUUGAUCCAUUUUGUGUGAUGUUUGUGUUCUGUGACAUCAGACACAGACAACAGGAUAGCCUGACUCUGAAUACCAGGUCAACUCCUACGGUCACCAAGCCCAGCUACCAGUCCAGCACCCAGCUGUCUUCUCUCACAUAGACUCUUUUUCCUAGAAAAUGCACAUUCACAAACAGUGCCCAGAUCUGCGUCCGAUUCCAGGAGCCCCUGUGAAAGUCCACGCAUGGGCCCGACGCCUGCCUCAGGAGCCGGGAUUUCAGCUGCCCGAUGGGAGAGGCUCUCAGAGACAUAAGGCAGCUCCGUGUCAUGUUUGCAGAGGUUUCUCUGCUCCUGAAAACAAACUGAUUCUGCA